UGGGUCUUCCGCGAAAACCACGUUCCUAAAUACCAGGCAUACUUCCAGAAGAACGAUGGCCUGAGGACCUGGGAGAAGGCCCGUGGCAAGUGGAUGAUCCCCGGCUACAAGGCUGUCCUUUACACCUCCUUCGGUGCCUCCAUGUACAUGAUGGGCCGUCUUGUGCUUGGACACAAGACCUGGUUCGGCAAGAACUAG